CACUCAGCCUACCCAGAGUGUCCUUUGGAGCUGGGGGCUGGACAUGUUCCCCCCACCCCAGUCUCCCUCAGGACUGAUUGGCAACAUCCCACAUUUGCUGCUCCUGGCUGGAAGCAUUUCUUCAGCUGCUGGUGCUCUGCUGCUUCCUACCAGUGUGACGUUGGAUUCUCUUUCUGUUGAUGGAAAGCACUGUGAGUGUGGUUUGGGCAUCAGUCGGGAGGCGCUGACUGCCCUGCUUAUCGUCCUUGGAGGUGUUAGUGUGAGCUGCUUUUCAGCACUGCUCCUUGUGGUCGUCGGCAUUAUUCGGACCAAGAGGGCCAGUAGAGCAAGCUUCACUUUCUGAUGACCCUCUCCCUCUAUGUGUACAUCCUACUGGCCUUCUGGAGGAGGUCGAGCUCUCCUCUACUUGGUCAUUCUUGGGACAAGCAGAGUCUUCCCCACAUCUCUGUUAUGAUGCUGUGAUAAGAGUCUUGGAACUGUAAGAGCACCCAAAGUUUUUUGCUAGGAGAGGGGCAUCCAACCCAGAUGUGCCCCUUCCUUGCUCUUGAACCCUGACUUUGACUGAAACCACUCACUCAGUCACAGGACAUCAUCCCAGUGUUUAGUGUUUAGUGGGAGCUACUCUCAAAUGCUCCCAUCAUCCCAUUGUAUGCUACAAGGAAGCUACAAACACACAACACCUGUGAAAAUGAAACAAAAGAACAUAUUGGCAGGACAUUGUGUGGAAACCAGCCCUUUAAAUAUGCCUUCAGAGGACUGUUUCAUAGAGUCGUGAGGUGGUCAAGUUGCUGGAAGACCCUAAAUCAUGGAGGAAAUUCUGGGGUUUCCAGACAUGGAGAAAGAAGUUCUAGAGUUUCUAGACUUGGAGGAGAAAGUAACACUGUCCCUUGAAGAGCCACACUUGGAGAUGGAUUGAAGAAGCAAGAUGGGAGGAGGAGGAGACAAUGGGGAAAAGGCCAAAAAUUAAUACAUUGCUUUUUAUCACUGA